AUUUUUUUCCUUUUUUCCUCCCUCGUUCUCUUUCGUUCUCCGAGGCCAUUCAUUGGCUUUUAUCAGGAGUGCCUUGCUGAAAGCAUCUGGCCACCAUCUCUGAAAACCCUAAAUCGAAAACCUCAGAUGUUCUCCUCUGCUGCUUCGCAGAGAUGGAGUUGGAGACCAUAGCUCUCAGAGCUCAGCAGCAGCUCGCCAUUUUCUAUAGCGGAAGGAAAGGAAAAAUAGAAGGCUGGAAUCUUUUUGGCUGGUUGUGGGGAUUGUUUUGCCCAGCCCAAACUCUCCAUGUUAUUGUGGUUGUGCUGUGUACCCUUUUUUGCAUCGCUCUAUGUGGACCAUGUCCCAUGAAUGGGAUGCAGAAACAAGUGGAAUAUGAUGCAUGUGGGUCCUACACAGAUAAUUAUGAUCCAGAUUCUCAAGAUAUAUUUGUUGGUGAUAUUAGUUCAGACACUGUUCUGGGAAAUCCGCUGAUGCAUCUAAGUCUUGAGAAUGUUUGUGCUAAUUCUCAUUUGUUCUGCUUUCCUUCAACAUUGCCUGGAUUUUUAACUGAAGAGCAUAGGCUUACAGAAGCUGUUUUAGAAGUUUCAAGAAGUCCUGAUGCCAAACUACCUGUAGGAUCAGCUGUGCCCAGCAAACAAGCUAGUAACUUGAGCUGGUCAUCAGACUAUGGUAUGUUUAAGUUAUUGAAUGGAAGGACUGUUUCUUGUUCUUUGAACUAUAGAGAGGGAGUCCAUGUGAUGCCAUCCCUUCAAACCAGAAGUGCUAAUCAAAAUGAUCUUUCUUCCUGUAGAGGACCUUUACGCAAUCAGAAGAGCACAAGUUCUAUGCUGAACAAGAACUCUGAGAUGAAAAGUUCAAGUUCUUUUGAUGGUUCUUCACUGCCCCAAGUAGAAAUAAGUCCACCUCUACUGGAUUGGGGGCAAAAAUAUUUAUAUCUUCCUUCUGUAGCUUUUAUAACUGUGGAAAAUACCUGCAAUGACAGUAUUUUACAUGUAUAUGAACCAUUCAGUACUGAUAUACAGUUCUAUCCUUGCAAUUUUAGUGAGGUAUUUCUAGGGCCUGGGGAAGUUGCUUCAAUUUGUUUUGUUUUCUUACCUAGAUGGUUGGGUGUGUCUUCAGCUCACCUGAUCCUGCAAACAAGCUCUGGUGGUUUCUUGGUCCAGGCUAAAGGCUUUGCUGUUGAGUCCCCAUAUGGAAUAAGGCCCCUAAUUGGACUGGAUGUGUUUUCCAAUGGACGGUGGAGUCAGAAUUUGUCUUUGUACAAUCCUUUUGAUGAAAACCUCUAUGUGCAGGAAGUAACUGCAUGGAUCUCAGUUUCUGUAGGGAAUGCUUCACACUCAACUGAAGCAAUUUGUUCUUUAGAAAAUUUACAUGGUUCUGAUGAGCAUACCAUUCUGAGUGUUGAGGAUGGGUUGGAUGUGACUAGUGGUCACGUUGGCACGCCACUGAUGGCAAUGAAGCCCCAUAGGAACUGGGAGAUUAGUCCUCACAGCACUGACACCAUUAUAGAGAUGGAUUUCUCAUAUGAUUCUAGAGGAAAAAUAUUUGGUGCUUUAUGUAUGCAGUUGCUAAGGCCUUCACAGGAUAAAGCUGAUAUACUUAUGUUUCCUCUGGAAGCUGAUCUGGAUGGGAAAGCUACAUAUGAUGAUGUUACAGGGCCUAUUUCAGUAUCUCUUGAAUCUUUAGGGCCAUGUGAUGCCAGCAGAAAUCUUGCUGUUGCUAUUUCUUUGAGAAAUAGUGCUUCACAUCUGCUAAGUGUUGUCAAAAUUAGUGAAGUUGCUGAUGAAAAGAUUUUCCAGAUCAAAUAUAUGGAAGGCUUAAUACUUUUUCCUGGCACUGUCACACAAGUUGCUGUCGUUAUUUACAGUUACCUGCCUGUUGAGUCGCAUGAUUCUUCAACUGAGUGGCCCAGUAUAAACAUGAACUGUAGAUUACUCAUAUUGAUAAAUGACUCAAGUAGUCCUCAGGUUGAAAUUCCCUGCCAGGACAUUAUUCAUAUUUGUUCAAGACAUCAAUUGGAUGCAUUUAAUGGAUACAGGCAUCAGUCUGAGAAGGCCAAAUCUGGCACCCUGAGGGCAGGGUCUUUAGGCAACGGCAUGCAGACGGCAUCACAGAUCAAGGCAUUGGAGACAGCAGAAGUAGAUGAAUUGGUGUUGGGAAAUUGGAAAUCUCAAGGUACCACAAGUGGCAUGUCAGUGCUUGAUGAUUAUGAAGUACUUUUCCCAAUGGUUCAGGUUGGAACUCAUCUCUCUAAGUGGAUCACCGUAAAAAACCCAAGCCAACAACCAGUUGUAAUGCAGCUCAUUCUGAACUCAGGAGUAAUAAUUGAUGAGUGCAGGGGCCCAGAUGGAUUAUUACAACCCCCUUCACCCACUGAAUCUAUUACACCGACAAGGUAUGGAUUCUCCAUAGCUGAGAGUGCACUAACAGAGGCCUUUGUCCACCCUUAUGGAAAAGCGUCUUUUGGGCCAAUUUUCUUUCACCCUUCAAAUCGAUGUGGAUGGAGAAGUUCAGCCCUGAUAAGGAACAAUCUUUCAGGUGUGGAGUGGUUAUCGUUGCGUGGAUUUGGAGGGUCACUUUCCCUAGUGCUGCUUGAGGGGUCUGAGCCUGUUCAGAGCUUAGAAUUCAACCUCAACUUGCCAAAUGCUUUCAAUAGCUCUCCUCUGGACAUAUCUUUUGAUGUGGAAGACACGACUUAUUCCUGCUCUCAGCCACUGUCCAAAGAACUGUAUGCAAAGAACACGGGGGAUCUGCCAGUGGAGGUGAGAAGGAUUGAAAUUUCAGGGACGGAGUGUGGAUUGGAUGGGUUUAGGGUACAUAAUUGUAAAGGUUUUGCUCUUGAGCCAGGGGAGUCCACAAAGCUUCUGAUAUCAUACCAGACAGAUUUUUCUGCAGCAAUGUUACACAGGGAUCUGGAACUGGCCUUGACUACUGGUAUUCUUGUAAUACCGAUGAAGGCAACUCUCCCUACAUACAUGUUGAAUCUUUGUAAAAAAUCAGUGUUCUGGAUGCGAGUGAAGUUCUCUGUGUUUCUUCUUGCUGCUGUCUUAAUAUUCCUGGUGUUCCUUUGCAUCUUUCCGCAAGUAAUGGGUUUGGGAUCCCAUGAUUACUUGUUUAAGGCUGAGAGUUCUAUUGCCACUUUAAGGAGAGCAGGAAAAUCUUCUGUGCACCGUAACCAGAAAAACAUGAAGGUUUCAGUAUCCCAUGAAGUGGAUGGUUUGUUGAGAUCAGUGGGGGAAACUGACACCUUGAUGUUGGGUUCCAGUGGUGCAGAUCCUGAUGUUCAGGAUGUGCAGCCAGAACAGGGGGUGACUUCUCAAUAUGACAAAACAAAUAUGGGACAUAAAAAACAAACUAAUGGUUUGUUGGAGAUUCAAAAGGAAAGAUUAUUGCCUUCCUCUUUGCUAUCGAAGUCUGUGGCAGUUAAGAGCUCUGAUUUUCUAGAAGCAUCACAACCUGGGAAACUCACAGUUAGGAUUGGAAAAGAGAAGGGUCGAAGGCAAAGGAAGAAGAAGGGUGCUGGUGCAGGAGUGACAGGACUGCUUGAAGUUUCAAGUAGUCAAAGUGGAAACUCUACUCCUUCAUCACCUUUGUCCCCGGUUGGUUCUUUCACACCCAAACGAGUGUGGUCACUCUCCCCUGAUGUAGACCAAUCCAUUGAAGCUAGGAAUCCAUUUACUCUAGAAGCACACCAACGCUGUGAGAAGGAUCAAGUUGUUGAACCUGUUACUAAGGCAAACAUAUUCAGCCCUAAGGUUUCUGCAAGGUACUGCAAUAACAAUUGUAUUUUUCCUAAUCAGGAGCAGCAUACUGGGGUUAGAAAAGCAGCUAGUAAACCUGUUCUGCAGCCUUCUGCAACUUUUCCUUGUGCUGUUAGGCCGUCCACCAGUUUACAGUGCCCUUCUCAUGUUUUGGCUUCAUCAUCUGCAAUUGCUCUGCAUGCUCGAGCUCCUGGAUCCAACCUCUACAGCCAGAAAAAAAUUCAAGCAAAGGAAAAGUCAGGCUGUGAGGAUAAAUUCAGAUAUGAUAUCUGGGCUGACCAUUUUUCUGCUAUCCAUUUAAAUGGAUCAACAGAGGUAUCUGCCAUGACUACCAGUGCUACAAAAAGUGAUUCUGAUAGCUUCUUUGUAAGGGGUCCACAAACCCUCAUGACAAAGUCUCAACCAAAAUCCGUAAGUUGCUCUCUACAAGAGGGUUAAUGAUAAAUAACCAAAUUAUUAUUAUAUUUUGGUGUCUCUCUCUUUCAUGCAUGGUCUAUCUCUUACAUAUAAGGGGUCUCUCACAUAUAAGAACAUCACAUGCUCCAUCUCACCCAAUUAUAUCCAUUAACUCAAUUGGACCGUACUUGAUGAAUAAGCCUCUGCCAUAAAAUGAAAAACAAAAGACUUAAGUCUCUUAAUUACUAAAUGUUAUCUUGGAAAGGAAGUUUCCUCCCAUACCUGACAAACCAAUGUGAGAAUAUCGACUGAUCAACUGUUUUUCGAAUUUUCAAAAUUUCUACCCCUUUUUAACACCUAUAGGGUCUGCACAAAGGGAAAAAGUUCCCAAGGAAAUGGUACUGUAAACCACUAAGAAAAUGUUGACAGACGGAUAAAGAUGCAGCUUCUCCAACAGGGUAAGUAUACUCCUACUUGAAAUCACAGUAGCGUAAUAUUCAAUAUUUUUAUUUUGAUUGCUUUCAGAAACCCUUAUCAGUUAUUGCAUAUCAUUUGUGGUUAGAGUGCAUUGUCUUCUCUUUUAAAGUGAAAAAAAAAAAGAGCCAAACAACUUGUAUUAUACAAAUGGAAUUUAGUUCCCUAUUGUUCAGAGAUUUAAAGUUAAAAAUCUCUGAUGGUUAUGGUAUGUGUUUUCUAAUAUAGUAUUUUCUUUUAUAAAUAGUUGCAUAACUUAUCAAGCAAUUGCCUUGUUUUGCUACGUGUCUUGUGUCUUUUAAGAUUUGUGGGUCAAAAGGUAACCAUGCAUUUAAUUUAACCAGUAUCUCUGUGUGGUUAAAUUUGUUGCAUGUCAAGUUUCCUUCCGUUUGUUUAUGUAAUUGUGAUAUUAAGUUGAGGUUCAUCUUUGUUUGGAGCCAUGCCUGGAGCUGAAUUUGUAUUACCUAUUGUACAUUCUUGGGUUAGGCACUAUGGAUUCAGUCUGCUGCUUGCUUAUGAAAAGAGUGCUAUCAAAUUCUGGAUAUUUGAAUAGCUUUGCAUAUGUAGAACUGCCAAAUUUUAAUUAGGGGUGGUGUUUCUACCCAGAACCUAAAUUCUCAUAAGUAGGAUUGUCCAAGGAAGAAAAUUUUCCGGGCUGUGGUUGGAUUAGCAUAGAACUUUGCUUGCACCAAAUUAUUCUCUCUAGUAUGCAGCUAAGUACACAUCCCAAUAGUGUAAGUCUCUCAUCUUAUUGGUUUUAAAACCUUCUGCUUUCAGAUUUUGGAUUUGUCAUCUCUUUAUUCAUUGAUUUAGGGCUUUGCUGAUGCCAAAGAUAUUGCAACAUGUUUUUUGCUGUGCAUAUCACCCUUUUGGUUGAGGGUUGAUUUGGUCUUGGUUUGCUUUGCUCAUCACCACCUCCAGCUCUUGUUGGUUGAGGGUUUGAGAUGUGUUGGCGGUGCUUGAGAGGAAAGAGAUAUGUCAGGAUGGCUAGUACUAAAAAGGAUGGAGGAAGAAAGCUAAAACAGCUGGGCUGACUCUAGGAGUUUGUGGUCAGGAACCGAUCAAUAACCUGGCUGCAGCUAGAGAAUCCUGGCCUGCACCAUACAGAACAAUUUCUAUCUUUAAUUCAAAUUUCUGGUUAUUUG